AGAAUAUUUAAGAUUUCAAAGCCGAUACAAAUAUGAUUUAAUUGUCAUAUAUAAUUUGAAUUAUGGACAUUUAUUUAUUGAUCGUUUAGAUAAUUUGAAGGCCCUUGUAACUUCUGAUAAACCAUUAAAUAAUCCAUUUUCAGAAUUGAUUGAGAUGUUAAUGUUUAAGAAUAAAUAUAUAAGUUCUCAUCUUAAAGCAUAUCCAAUUAUCCUUGCCGGUGGAGUUUAUAAUUGGCAUGCAGUAUAUGGAGAUCAAUGGCUUGAAAGAUCUCAUGUCACUCAUGUAUUAACUAGACCAGAAGCCAGUCUUUCUCGAGGUAGUAGUACUACUACUAAUUCUCAACCAUCUUCUAGACGAGGCAGUUAUCAAGAAGAUUCCAAUGUUUCGCGAACUGCAUCACCAUAUCUUCGAAAUUUUGGUGAUUACUUAUCGACUGCUAAAUCAACCUCCAAUACUCCUAUAUCUAAUUCAUUUUCACCUAAAUCUCCUCAAGUAGUAAGCACCAAUCAUAAUCAACCUCUACCACUACCUCCUAUUGAUGCUCCCAUAGCUACUUCCCCUCCUUUACAACAAGCUCCACCCCCUAAAUUAACUCGAGCUAAUAGUUCGACUGUUACUAUAACUAAAACCAAAUCUAAAGAAGUUAAAGAUGUUAAACAAGUUAAAGAAGUUAAUGGACAAUUCUUAGAACAAUAUGCUACGGGACUUGUUAAUCUCGGAAAUUCAUGUUAUAUGAAUUGUAUAUUACAAUGUCUCGGAGCUACUCCGCAAUUAACAGGAUUUUUCUUUCCGAAUCUUAAUGGUUCAGGAUUAAAUAAUUAUCGUCAACAUAUAAAUGUUAAUAAUCGAUUAGGAACCAAAGGAAUAUUAACUAAUAAUUUUGUAGGAUUAUUAGCUGAUAUGUUUAGAAGUAAUGGAAGUUCAUUUUGUCCAACUAAUUUUAAAAAAGUGGCUGGAAGUUUAUCUCCUGGUCAACAAUUUGCCACAUUUGAUCAACAAGAUUGUAUUGAAUUUUUAAAUUUUAUAUUAGAUGGAUUACAUGAAGAUUUAAAUCAAAUGGUUAUUGUUAAUGCCGAAGAUAAAAAAGCUGUAAGUGAAUUAACUCCUGAACAAGAAAAGACUCGAGAACAAUUACCCAUUAGAUUAGCAUCAACUAUUGAAUGGGAAAGAUAUCUUAAAUUAAAUUUUUCAAUAGUAGUUGAUUAUUUUCAAGGUCAACAUUUAUCUCAAUUAAAAUGUUUAGAAUGUGGCAUGACUUCAACAACUUAUAAUUCAUUUUCAAUUUUAUCAUUACCAAUUCCUGAAAAACUUGGAACUAUGAAUGUUCUGUUGGAUGAUUGUUUAAAGGAAUUUGUUACUACUGAAUUAUUAGAUGAUAAUAAUAAAUGGCAUUGUCCACGAUGUAAACGAUUUACUAAACUGACAAAGAAGAUUUCUAUAACAAGAUUACCACAAGUAUUAAUUAUUCAUUUUAAACGUUUCAAAGUAUCCCCAACAGGAUAUUUUAAUAAAUUAGAUACAUUUAUUAAUUAUCCCGUUAAGGAAACUUUGGAUUUAACAUCUUAUUGGCCAGAAGUUGGAACUUAUUUAGAUGGAACUAAUAAGGAUUCCUUAACAAGAGAGAAGGAAGAACAAAUCUUAUCAAGUUUACCAACACGGAAUCAAACACCUCCAUUUAGAUAUAAAUUAUAUGGAGUAGCUAAUCAUUUUGGAAAUUUAACUACGGGACAUUAUACAUCUUAUGUAUAUAAGAAGAGUGAUAAUAAGAAACUUAAGGGGUGGUGUUAUUUUGAUGAUUCGAAGAUUACUUAUAAUUGUAGAGACAGUCAGGUGAUGAAUAAGAAUGCCUAUUGUUUAUUCUACCAGCGAGUGUAGUAGUAAGUAAGUAAGUAAGUAACUAUGUAACUAUAUAACUAUGACUAAGUAACACUACAGUAUUAGAUUGUACACUCACAGAUUGUACACUCACAGAUUGUACAC